AUGCCUCCCCUUCCCCUCCUCCGUCUUCCUGGAGUGGUUCUGAGUGAGGUAUUUAAAUCAUUGAGUAUUGGAGAAAAAAUCAAGCUCUCCCUCUGCUCCAAGAAAAUCUCUUCUCAAAUCAAUAAUGCUCGUUUGUACUCUCAAAAAGUUAUAGUCAAUCUGAGCACGUUAUACCAUAAUAUUGAAGUUUACACUGAAAAUAAGAAGGAUACAUUUGACAUCUUCAAUUGUUCCGACAGCGGAACAAUCAACAAUCCGUAUAUCCAACUGCAUAGAAUCGAAGGGCGGGCUGUACCAGUGAUCUCCAUCGGCGAAGCAAUCACAACAUUCUGGAAGGAUUGUCGAGAAGGAUAUCUAUCUGUUAUUCGGUACCUCUUAAAGAUAUUUCAAUGCAAGAUUGCAAUCAGUAAUAACUGUAACAGUGAUUUAUAUCAGCCAACUGUUUCUGAGUUGUUUGAUCUGCAAGUAGCAUUCAAGAAGCUCACUAUUCACUUUAAAGGAUCAAAUGAUGAAAACUUGUUUUGGAAACAUAUAUUCAAUAAACUUGGACAAGUCGAGGAUCUUACAAUCUUAUGCACUUGUGAUCCUGAUUUCAGACCAGUUUUCACUUCAUGGCCACAGAAUAUAGAUGUAUUGAGUUCCGCUUGGUUUACACUAGAAAAUCUUUUGGAGUGCCCAUGCACUACAAUUACACUUUGGAAUUCUACUCUGGGAAACAAGGAUUUGGAUAUGAUACUCAAUAAUUGGAAAACUGGAGGAUUUCCGAAUUUAAAGUACCUGAAGAUCCAUAGUUGGGAAAUUAGAUGUAAUGAAGCGACGAUUUUGGAUAUGAAAUUCAGGGAAUUAGACGGAAUGGUUAUCCAAACUGAUGAUGGAUCAAAAAAGGCGACUUUUAAGCUUGGCUACCAGCGUAUUGAAAUGUCUGUAACUUUACUUCAAUAA